AUGGAAACUCUGACCCCGGCCGCCGUGCACGGCGGGGCCCUCUGGGCUCUCCUCCUGGCCACACUUGGCUCUGUGGCUGGCCAGCCGCUGAGGGGAGACUCCAUUUGUACAGCCCGGCCGCUGGCCAAGUACAGCAUCACCUUCACGGGCAAGUGGAGCCAGACUGCCUUUCCCAAGCAGUACCCGCUAUUCCGGCCACCCGCACAGUGGUCUUCCCUGCUGGGGGCAGCGCACAGCUCUGACUACAGCAUGUGGCGAGAGAACCAGUAUGCCAGCAACGGGCUGAGGGACUUCGCAGAGCGGGGUGAGGCCUGGGCCCUGAUGAAGGAGAUCGAGGCGGCUGGAGAGAAGCUGCAGAGCGUGCACGAGGUGUUCUCAGCGCCCGCUGUGCCCAGCGGCACAGGGCAGACCUCCACGGAGUUUGAAGCCCACGCCAGGCACUCACUCGUGUCCUUUGUGGUGCGGAUCGUGCCCAGCCCUGACUGGUUUGUGGGCGUCGACAGUCUGGAGCUAUGUGACGGGAACCGCUGGAGGGAGCAGGUCACCAUGGACCUUUACCCACACGACGCUGGGACAGACAGCGGCUUCACCUUCUCCUCCCCCAACUUCGCAACCAUUCCGCAGGACACGGUGACCAAGAUAACAUCCUCCUCUCCCAGCCACCCGGCAAACUCCUUCUAUUACCCACGGCUGAAGGCCCUGCCCCCGAUCGCCAGGGUGACCCUGGUACGGCUCCGGCAGAGCCCCAGGGUCUUUGUUCCGCCCUCCAUAGACCUGGCAGGCAGGAGCAACGAGAUCAUGGAUGGCCUCUCAGUUCCAGAAACACCACUGGAUUGCGAGGUCUCCCUUUGGUCGUCCUGGGGGCUGUGCGGAGGUCCAUGUGGGAAGCUGGGAGCCAAGACCAGGACUCGCUAUGUCCGUGUACAGCCUGCCAACCAUGGGGCGCCCUGCCCCGAGCUUGAAGAGGAGGUGGAGUGCAUUCCUGAUAACUGUGUGUGAGCCCAGGCCCAGCAGGCCUAGUCAUGGGGCUGGGGCCACACAGUGAGCGGGCCAAGCCGGCAGCUUCAUCAUCUCUGAGCUCCGCUGCUGACUGACCCCUAUGUACAGAUGUGCCCACGAGCCAGAGGGGACGUCAUGAGCAGGCUCCUCCUUCCUGCAAGUUCUUCCUCACGGCCCCGCAUCCUAAGGUCCACCCUCGUGGAGACUCACAAGUCUGCUCUACGCCAGGUCCGGGGUGUUUACUACCAUGUGGGCUGCUGUCCUCCAUGCA